CACCCGGCAUCCAUGAGGCUUGCACAAGCCUGUAGUGAAGUCACAUGGGUGAUCAGAAAUUAAAAGAUGCGGGUGUGGAGCCGUCGCGAUUAUUGACGACUGAUGCAGCUUCGCCCGAACAAGGCUUGUCAAGUAUGGAGGAAUGUCUGGGAGAAAACGAUCAGCAAAGGCGAAGCUCUGAACCACUGCCAGAUCGAGAGUCAGUACAGCCCAGUUCCAAUUGCAACAUCGUCGAAGAUCUCGAACUUGUGCCGAUCCAGCACACCGACAUACCCCCGGUAACACCUUCACAAAUUAACAACCCAUCUACCGUGGUCAAAUUAGAAGAGCAAGAGAGAUUACACAGGGAAAACGAAGACUGGAGGAAAAACGCCCUUCUCAAUUUACCACCGCCUCUGCCGUAUGAUUUGGUAGUGGAAAAACUUACAAUAGGCGUGCCGAAUCGCAAAGCUCUUAGAUGGGUACCCAGCCUAUUUAAGGUCUUUGCCAAGAGGAAGGAAAAGGAUGAAGAGGAGCCAGGAAAGCCAAAGAAGAAGUGGAUUCUGCAAGAUGUCAGCUGCGAGUGCCAGAAUGGAGAGGUUCUGGCAAUACUGGGCGGUUCAGGAUCAGGCAAGACGACCCUGUUGAAUGCUAUUGCAAAUCGCGUAUCCGGUUUACCCACUGCCAAUGGCGAAGUGGCUUAUUUCUCUGUAGAACCGCAUGCGGGUGUCAGGAGAGGGAUAAAACUAGAGAAAGGGCAAAUGAAAAAGCGUAUAGGGUUUGUGAGGCAACAGGAUUUCUUGGUAGAGUGCUUAACCGUUCGAGAAACAUUAACCUAUGCAGCCAAACUCAGACUCCCAAAUCAUUUGUCAGAUGAAGCGAUAAGUUUUAUCGUGGAACAAACUAUUGAUGAGCUAGGUUUACGAGAUGCCGCCGAUACUGUUGUUGGUGGUCCCUUAAGAAAGGGUAUAUCAGGUGGAGAAAAGAGGCGGUUGUCGAUAGGCUGUGCCUUGGUUACUCUACCUAGCGUACUAAUUCUGGAUGAACCUACAUCUGGCCUGGACGCUUUCACAUCAUAUUUAUUGCUUCUCACCUUGUCACAGCUUGCUCGUCGAGGACGAACUAUCAUUCUAUCAAUCCACGCCCCUCGUUCAGACGCUUUUGAGAUUUUCGACCGAAUAGCACUUUUAUCCAAGGGUGAAAUUGUGUAUUCUGGGCUUCGGAAGGACUGCCUGGCGUGGUUUUAUAGCCUUGGGCAUGAAGUUGAGCGAGGAGUCAACCCGCUAGAUUUCUUGAUCGACGUCUCAUCUGUUGAUAAUCGUACCCCUGAGAAUGAAGAGGCUUCUAUCGCACGCGUUCGCUCAUUAGUCCAAGCUUGGAACAAUCGCUCCCCAGCUCACUGGGCCGAUAACCUCGAAAAAGCAUCCAUGCGAAGCUCAACUUCCUUCAUAUCCAUCGAUAACCUUUCACCUCAAGGAAACAAUUCUGAUGAGGUCUCAAGUAACGGGGUAGGCGGAGACGAUGCUUCACGAGAUAUAGGUGCUAGGGAUGAGCAACGACCGGGACUAUGGAAGCAAACAAGGGUGCUAACUGCCAGGGCACAUCGAAAUGUAUACAGAAACGUGCCGCAGUUAGUCGGAUUUGCAAUACAGGCGGUGUUAUUAGGGGUCAUCAUUGGCGUAACGUACUACCAACUACCUGAAACACCCACUGGUAUUCAAAGUUUGAAAAACCUGAGUUUCCAGCUCAUACCAGGUGUAUUUUAUCUACAACAGGUGUUUUGGAUCUACAAAUUCUGUACCGACCUUGUCAUCUUUGAUCGAGAAAGAGAAGACCGUCUUUACGACGUUAUCCCCUAUGUACUCUCUGAUUUUAUUUCGUAUCUCGUUCCCAGUAUCUUAUCACCCACCAUCUAUGUUGUCUUGGUAUAUUUCAUAUCAAAGCUUCGUACAGAUGAGCUGGCGGCAAAUCUUUUCAUCAGUAUCGCAUCUACCAUUCUUGUACAAUUUACCACUCAGGGUUUGGCGUUGCUCUCUGCCUCAUUACUCAGGUCCUUUUCGGCGGCAUCCAUGCUGGGAAACUCACUGAAUUUAUUUCAAAUUAUGAGCUCCGGGUUCAUAUUGACGAAUGUGCCUGUGUAUGUGGCAUGGAUCAGAUGGAUAAGCCCUUACUUUUACUCUUUUCGAAUCAUUGCGACGACGCAGUUUAAAGACCGAGUAUUCGAUUGCCCGGCAGAAUCAAACGCCAAUCUGAAUCAAUGUCGGGGUAACAAUGUCUUGAAUGGCCUCAACUUUGAUUACACCAUCAACAUUGGAGUGUGGUUUGGAGGACUGAUUGGUCUUGCAAUCAUCGAAUACGCUUUGGCAUGUGUUGUUCUAUGGGGAUUGCCUGCUGGUGGAGUGAAACACGCCUCAGAAAUUGACUCGCAUCAUCGUGGCAAAGAGACUGAUGUGAGGGAAAGUCAUAUCACGAGGGAUAAAAUCGAUGUAUCUGUGAGAAAUCUCAGUUUGAUGUGGAAGAGACGAGGGAGAGGGCCCCUCAAGGAUAGGGAAAAGAUCAUCUUGAAUGAUUUAUCUUUGGAUUUUCCGGCCGGUGAAGUUUCAGCGAUUUUGGGACCUUCUGGAGCCGGGAAGUCAACACUCUUGCAACUGAUCGCCGGAAGACAACUCAAUCCAGGUCCCCUUUCACAUUACACGAUCUCGGGUACUCUUCUCUUCGCAAACCAGCCCAUUUCUCGUACCACCCAAUCCAAUGUCGCUUUCGUAGAACAAGAUGAUGAUUGGCACCUACCUUCACUCACUGUUCGUGAAACACUCACCUAUGCUGCUAUAUUACGACUUCCGGUUAAGAUGCCCAAGAAGCAGAAGGUUGCGAGGGCGGAAACAGUGUUGAGAAUGCUGGGACUCAAGGACUGUGCAGAUCUUCCGAUUGGUGGGGCUUUGUUAAAAGGUAUUAGUGGCGGUGAGAAAAGAAGAUUGAGUCUAGCUGUGCAAAUGAUUAAUGACCCCGCGGUCUUGGUGGUUGACGAGCCAACUUCUGGACUUGACGCUAGUAUUGCUCUCGGGGUCAUGCACGUUUUACGCGAUAUUGCGGCUACUGGACGGACAGUUAUAGCUACUAUUCAUCAGCCACGCAGUGACAUCUGGAAGCUUACUGACAACGUCACUUUGUUGGCAAAGGGAGGUACCAUAGCUUAUACUGGAAAACGUUCGGAUGCCGUCCAGUACUUUGCUUCCAUUAAUCACGCCAUGCCUUCCGAAUUUUUCAAUCCCGCCGAUCACCUUUUGGAUCUUGUCUCCAUCGAUCCUCGAGUCUCCUACCAUCACCAGUCAUUAACUCGAGUCAACGGCCUUACAUCUCAAUGGCGAAUCCAAUCAGUUGGACAGGAAAAUGGAGAUGAACAAGACAAGAAUGGCGCAGACUCUGCGAUUAUCAAACACGGAGAAGGAACUACACCGAUGAAGAUAGCUUUGCCUGUCGUGUUGGAGAGACACUGGAAAAAUCUAUGGAGGCGCAAGGAUGUGUUUUUCAACAGACUAGCGCAGACCCCGUUAUUGGGAGCAUUGUUUAUUUUAUUCUUCCAAAGGCUUACUUAUGGACCAGCAGGUGCUCAAGAUCGAAUCGGUGUCACUAUUGAGUCCACUUCAGCAAUCGCUUUCGUCGGUCUUCUCAAUGCCAUGUCAAUAUUCCCUGCCGAUAGGAAUCUCUACCUUCACGAGGCUAAGUCUUCUGCUCGGUACUCACCGGCAACCUUUAUGAUUACUUACUCUUUGGUCGAGGUUGGAUUUGAGUUGCUGGGCGGGUUCGGCUACGGUGCUAUCAUGAACGUCGCUAUAGGUAUGCAGACUUCAGCAAGAAUAUAUUUCGAAUACUCCAUAUCGAUCUGGGCAAUGGUCAAUAUGGGUGAAAGUUUUGCUAUGAUCUUUGGAAGCUGGAUUCAGACGGAAGGCUUGACCGUAACAGUCGUUUCCACUUUUCUCUCACUCAUUGGACAAGUCAGUGGUGUCAUAUCGCUAUCUGUGCCUGCUUGGUUGGCAGCCAUUGCCUGGGGUACAUGCGUUAAAGCCGCGACGAGAAUUCAAAUUAUCAACGAGGCUGUCGGUUUAGAAUUCCAUUGUACCAAUGAGGAAAUUUCAUCAGGAGCAUGUGUGGCUCAAAGUGGCGAGCAACUUCUUGCAUUAUUCAACUGGCACGAUCUUGACACGGGGAAGUUUGUGGGGGUCAUGAUCGCUGUAUGUAUAGCGUGGAGGAUUAUGGCCUGGGCAUCUUUGGCGGCGAGGGUUGGAGGAAUCAGAUAGUAGAAGAUUCAUCUUGUACGGAAUUGCUGUUCUAGGGACUGUCUUGAGCAUUACCGCUCAUCUACAUAUUCGAUUUUAUACUGCUGGAUUCGGUAGAAGUUUUGAUUGAAUACAUGUUGGCGAUUCACUAUAUC